AGGUUCAAACUAGCAUGGGCAGUCCUGAUUGGCUCGGGGUGGCCGCGGCAGGCCAGGCUCCCUCCUCGCGCCCAGGCGGGUUAUUGUCUCUCGACUUUCGCAGGCGGCUCUCGCGCGGAAUCGGGACUGGACUUCGCACAGGAGCGACGCAAACAUGGCUGGAGGCAAGGCUGGCAAAGACAGUGGCAAGGCCAAGGCAAAGGCAGUAUCUCGCUCGCAAAGAGCUGGGCUUCAGUUCCCAGUGGGCCGUAUCCACAGACACUUGAAGACUCGCACCACAAGCCACGGAAGGGUUGGUGCUACAGCUGCCGUGUACAGUGCUGCAAUUCUUGAAUAUCUCACUGCUGAGGUUUUGGAGUUGGCAGGCAACGCCUCCAAGGAUCUUAAGGUAAAACGUAUAACUCCUCGUCAUUUGCAGCUGGCUAUUCGUGGGGAUGAGGAGUUGGAUUCUCUUAUUAAAGCGACCAUUGCUGGUGGAGGCGUAAUUCCGCACAUCCACAAGUCUCUGAUUGGAAAGAAGGGACAGCAGAAGACCGCAUAAAGAGGCGCUUCCGGCAGCCCGCUUCCUCCCUGUCAUUGUACUGUAAUUGGGACAGAAGAAAUAUGGGGAUAUGUGGAAUUUUUUUAAAAGAAUAGUUAAAUGGAAGAGCAUAGACAAUUGACUGUAGAUUAAAACAUUUGUAUGUUCUAGAUUUAAAGUUUGACAAAAAAAAGUACCUUGUUACGUGGCAGCAAUUUGUGUGUUGAUUGGCUAGGUUUCUCCCAUGUGUUUUAUACAAAAAUGGAACGGAUAAAACCAUUUUUUACAAAACCUAUUCUUGUGUGUCAUUCUGGUAUACAAGGGAUAAAUCCAGUAAAAUUAAAUUGAAAUGUUUAAAACAGUCACAUAUUCUAAACUUAGAUAUAGCCACAUUCAUGGUUAACUUUGUUUACUCUUACUUAUUAACACAGAUCAAAGUCCAGAUUUUAAUAUCACUUAAAAUAGCUUUUAUGAAUUUUAACAAUACAACUUUUUUUUAAAAAAAUCUUUUUGCCUAGAAUCUUUUCUCUAAAUUCCUACACUGCACAAACAUGGAAAGUGUUGCAGUGUCCUAUUAGCAAAGAUGCCCAUCCUGAAUUUUGCUGCUCAUGGCUGAUAACCUCACUGAAGGUCGUGGCUUUGCAGUGAAUACUACUAUAUUAUUGAACCAGCACACUUGCUUUUAUUUCAGUUAUUUUCUGACAAACACAUCUGUAACAAAAUACUAAAUCAGCAAUGCUGCCUUGGUUACAACUGGAAAUGCUACCUUAUAAACAAGAAUCAGUGUUUCUUUCCACUAUUAAUUUUCAGAACUGCUUUACACAAUGUCGCUGAUUUAGCAUAAUGGUCUCAAAUCUUCAAAUGCUUGGCUUACCUAUAGCUGUUCUCAAAUUAAUUUGUAUAAAUUUUAUCUCAGUUAUAAUUCCAGGAUUACUCUGAUUAGUAAUUUUAGAUUAGUAAUUUAAAGCUAUAAAGACUUGUAGUCUUUAAAGUAGAUUAUUGUUAAGAGUUUUGGAUUGAAGGAGGUCAAAUAGGGUUUUGGUUGUUUCUCCAUUCCUAUCAGUAUGGAUGGCUAUUUGUAUUUUUUAAGUACUAUUCACUAUAUUCCUGUGCAUUGUAAGUAAUUUUGAACUUUGUCCUUAUUAAAAUAGCUUUCAAAAUGCUA